AUGACGCAGAACUUCUACUUUGACACCGUCACAACGCCCAAUAUCUUUCACCGCGAACGACAACGGAAGGAAAAUUGGCUCGAGAGCUUGAACGAGGGGAGCGCCAGUAAUUGGGGCCGCGAUCAGCUGUCUGCCCUGCGCGUUCUCGCUGUCAACAACAGGAACCAUCUCCCCUCAAAUUCCGCGUUCUGGAAAGACCAUGAUGAUGCCAGGACAGCGCUGGAGAGCCUUAUUCAAGGCCCCGAGCUCAGUGACCGCGUCAAAGAUGUCCCAUGCUCUGAGUACGCGCUGCAGGAAACCUACGGCAAAUCGCUUGGACCAAUUUGGGCUGCUAUGAAUCGUCUGUGUCGAACAGGUGAUGCUCAACCUAAAGAUCAGCAUGUCAAUAGUUACGAUGCAGGUGACAAGCUUGCCGGCGAUGGCAGCUCAAUGCCAAGCUCACCUCCCCCCCAACUAACCCCCGAUCCGGAGAAGAAGCAAGGGACACCGUUGUAUAGCUCCCCAGAAUCGUUGCCCACGUAG